GGCUGUAGCGCCACUGUAUGUGUGUUUAUCUGUUUUUAUUAUUUCUUGCCUCUUCUUGGUGGUCGGUCUCAGUGAGUGAAUGAGCUAAGAGUGGUAGCUAGUGAUGGGUCUGCAACUCCGUCAAGAACACGUGGCUUUCCUUCCCUUGCAUCUCCCCAUCGGUUACUCCCGGCCAUGGGGGCCUCCACCAUCUAUUCACCAUUGCAUGCGUACGUCUUUUUGCAGUUUUGCUUUUGUCUGGUCGGCUGGUCUUAAGCUCUAUCCUCGUCUUCCAUUCGGCCUGUUGAGCUGAGCUCCUUCUAGCUCAGUUCUUGCUGCAAGGUUUUCCCGGGUUUUUAGGUGCCUAGUUUUCUCUGUUUUAUGGUCAGAAUAGUUUGUUUGGGUUCUUCGAGCGUCUGCUUUUGUAAGACUAUGUGCUUCUUGAAGUAGGAAGGCUGAGUCUUAUGUACUGCAAAGGAUAAGUUCUUGGCCGAGCAAUGGAUCUUGAGUUCGGCAGAGGCAUGAGAUCCCCACAGAGGGACUCAUGGAAGACCACCUUGCUCCUGGCUUACCAGAGCUUGGGGGUGGUUUAUGGGGACUUGAGCAUAUCUCCUCUCUAUGUGUUCAAGAGCACUUUUGCUGAGGACAUCCAGCACUCUGAGACGAAUGAGGAGAUCUUCGGCGUGCUCUCUUUCGUGUUCUGGACACUUACCUUGAUCCCUCUCAUCAAGUAUGUCUCCAUUGUCCUACGAGCUGACGACAAUGGCGAGGGAGGAACUUUUGCUCUAUACUCUCUAAUUUGCCGGCAUGCCAAUGUGAGCCUUCUUCCUAAUAGGCAGAUUGCUGAUGAGGAGCUCUCCACAUACAAAUUGGAAUGCCCUCCUGAGAGAACUGAUAAGUCCCGGAUCAAGGUCUGGCUUGAGAAGCACAAGAAGCUGCACACUGCCCUGCUGAUCAUGGUUUUGAUUGGUACAUGCAUGGUGAUUGGGGACGGUGUUCUCACGCCGGCUAUAUCGGUGUUCUCAGCAGUUUCAGGUCUUGAAUUCUCCUUGUCCAAAGAUCACCGUGAAUAUGCUGUUAUUCCGAUAACCUGCGUCAUAUUAGCAUUCCUGUUUGCCCUGCAGCAUUAUGGUACUCAUCGGGUUGGAUUUCUCUUUGCCCCGAUAGUUCUAGCCUGGCUAAUCUGUAUGAGCGCUCUUGGCCUUUAUAAUAUCAUACAUUGGAAUCCUCAUGUCUACCAAGCUCUUAAUCCCUGUUACAUGUUCAAGUUCUUAAAAAAGACAAGAAAAUAUGGUUGGAUGUCACUUGGUGGGAUUUUGCUAUGCAUGACAGGAUCUGAAGCAAUGUUUGCUGAUCUUGGGCACUUCUCAUACAGUGCAAUCCAGCUUGCUUUCACUUCUUUGGUGUACCCCGCGCUCAUUCUGGCAUACAUGGGUCAAGCGGCUUACUUAUCAAAGCAUCAUGACUUUUACUCAAACUCCCAAGUUGGAUUUUACAUCGCAGUUCCAGAUAAGGUCAGAUGGCCUGUGCUUGUACUUGCGAUUUUGGCUUCAGUGGUUGGAAGCCAAGCAAUCAUCAGCGGAACAUUCUCGAUCAUCAACCAGAGUCAGUCCUUAAGUUGCUUCCCUCGAGUGAAAGUUGUACACACGUCUGAUAAAAUUCAUGGCCAGAUAUAUAUCCCUGAGAUCAAUUGGUUGCUCAUGAUCCUCUGCAUUGCUGUGACUGUUGGGUUUAGAGACACAAAGCACAUGGGGAACGCCUCUGGACUUGCUGUGAUCACAGUGAUGCUGGUGACCACCUGCCUGACGUCCCUGGUGAUCAUGCUGUGCUGGCGCAGGCCGCCGGUGCUGGCGCUGUGCUUCCUCCUCUUCUUCGGCUCCGUCGAGGCGCUCUACUUCUCGGCGUCGCUGAUCAAGUUCCUGGAGGGCGCGUGGCUGCCGAUCCUGCUGGCCCUCUUCCUGAUGGCCGUCAUGCUGGUGUGGCACUACACGACCAUCAAGAAGUACGAGUUCGACCUGCACAACAAGGUGACCCUGGAGUGGCUGCUCGCCCUGGGCGACAAGCUCGGCAUGGUCCGCGUCCCCGGCAUCGGCCUCGUCUACACCGACCUCACCUCCGGCGUCCCGGCCAACUUCUCCCGCUUCGUCACCAACCUGCCGGCGUUCCACCAGGUGCUGGUGUUCGUCUGCGUCAAGUCGGUGCCGGUGCCGUACGUGUUCCCGGCCGAGCGCUACCUCAUCGGCCGCGUGGGCCCGCCGGGGCACCGGUCGUACCGGUGCAUCGUGCGCUACGGCUACCGCGACGUGCACCAGGACGUGGACUCCUUCGAGACGGAGCUGGUCGAGAGCCUCGCCACCUUCAUCAAGCUCGACGCCUCGUACCGGUGCAGCGAGGCGAGCGGCGAUGAGCAGCAGCGGCAGCAGCUGAUGCCGGCGGAGGAGGAGCGUGGGCGGCUGGCCGUGAUCGGGAGCAGCCACGCCAGUUACGACUUCCAGGACAGCGUCCAGCACUCGUCGGCGGCGUCCGUGGAGAUGACGCGCCGCCGGAGUAUCGGCGGCGUCAUCGCCGACGACGAGAGCCCCUGCGGCGGCGGCGGCGGCCGGGCGAAGCAGCAGGUCCGGUUCUUCAUCGACAGCCACGUGGCGAGCCCCGAGGCGGCGGACAGCAAGCAGGUGGCCGAGGAGCUGGAGGCGCUGGCGGCGGCGAGGGACGCCGGCACGGCCUUCAUCCUCGGCCACUCCCACGUGCAGUGCAAGCCCGGGUCGUCGCUGCUCAAGAGGCUCGCCGUCGACGUCGGCUACAACUUCCUCCGCCGCAACUGCCGCGGCCCCGACGUCGCCCUCCGCGUCCCGCCGGCGUCGCUCCUCGAGGUCGGCAUGGUCUACGUCCUAUGACCAUGCCCGAUCCAUCACAACACAAAUCAACGACGUGUUUAAUUACUCCUUUUUACUUUCUUCUUUUCUUCUUGAAUUCCAUGAUACACAAAGUAAAGUAGGUGCUCAGAGCUGCCCGUGUGUAGGUCACAUCUUUUGCUGUAAAUUCGUUUCCAUCCGACGAAAAGUGCUCAAAUUUUGCCCAUUUUUCCCU